GUCAUUUUAAGACAAGCCAUUUCUUCGGAGAGUGCCCUUACCAAGCUGCAUGCCAGGUAUACUUGACCAGACUGGAUUUAUGGACAUGGUGACCAGGCCUGGCAUUUGACAGAGAGAGAGAGAAUGUAUUGCGGUCUUCAUCUUCUAUCAGACAGAGGGACAACGGCACAGGGGAUAUGGCAUAACAGGAUACCUGAAGAUGCACUGCACGCCUGUACGUGUGGUUUUUUUGUUUGAUCGACUUCACUGAGGUCGAACAUGCGCAUGGCCGGCGGCUGGCCCCGAGGCAGGCCCCAAAGGAUCCAGUGAGGGACUCCAGUGAACUCGCAGUGGGACGGUAAAGGGCCAAAGGCUCAUGAGUGCACCGCUUCUUGCUCUCUGUCGCGAGCUGUCAUCCUGUCCUGAAAAGACACCCCGAGUGGUGUGAGAUUCCAAGGCUGGCUGUGCGUUCAGAGGUGAGAGGACGAUAAGGUGGGAUCACUGGGUGCAGGCAGAGGAGGUGACGAGUGUCUGUCGGAGUAAACGCCGUGAUGGACUCUGGACAAAUGACGGCCGUCGGGGAGAGCCCCCUGGAGGGGGAGACGGUAUGCGCCGCACUGGCCCGCUACGAGGCGACACUGCAGGCCGCAGUUCGCGAGCUUCACGCCGACGUGGGAGCCUUCAAGGUGGGUGUGGAACGACGCCUGGAAGAGGCCGACCGGCUAACGGGGCCCCUGGGCCGCGCCGUGGCCCAACUGCAGCUGGAGAACCGGCAGCUCCGCGGUCAGCUGGAGGCCCUGACGCGCCGUGUGGAGGAGUUCACUGGGACCGUGUGUGACAGGAGCGCCCUGCAGGAAAGCAGUGCCGGCGUGGAGGGCCCCCCCCAGCCCGUGGGUCAUCGGUCCCCAGCAUCCCCCUCUGCUGUGACUCCCCCUUGUGCGGACUCUGCCCCCAGCCCCGGUUCCGGUCCUGCUCACGGUCCGACGGCAACUCGAUUCUCCAGCCGGGCCACGUUCGCCGUGUUCAACAAGUCUAAUAGCAUAGAAAAAGAAGAACCGAUUGAGGUGGAUCCCGUCCAAACAAACCCUGUGUUGGAGAAUGGACACCAGGUAACCCCAGAAAAGCCUGUAAGGUCACAGGAGCUGCGGUCGCCGGCCAAUGACGGUCCACAGGAGCAUCCCGCUCCCGUGGCCAGGUCACGGCCACACCUACCAAAGACGUCUGAUCCACCUGUGAGCUCGGUAACCAAGAACCAGGAGCCGCUAAGCAGCCCGGGCCGAGUUCCGCCUCCUUUUCCCACAGAGCCCCAGCUGUCCAGCCAGCUGGCAUCCAGUGAUCCCCUGCGCCAGCCAGUGCCACAAUCCCAGGUGCCUGCUGUGAAGAGCUGGACUCCAGGCACAAUGAAAACAAUGGUCUCUCCUCUUGUGACAGACAGGGCUUCCUCGAUGCCCCCCAAAUCAGUGACACACUGCCCUGUCACACCCCCCAGCGCAGAGAGGGAGACGUUCUCAGGCGGGGGCAUGGAGAGCAGACGGGAUUUGGUGAGAUCGCAGACACUGCCGCGUUCUGCUGGAGCGCAGGCACGCCGCGCGAUGUUCGAGAGACUGGACUCUGACCCAAACAGGCCCAAACCCCUGGACUCCAAGCCCAAACUGAAGCGCUCGCAGAGUUUUGGGGUCUCGAGUGCCAGCAGCAUCAAGCAGAUUCUCCUGGAAUGGUGUCGCUCCAAAACCAUCGGCUACCAAAACAUCGACAUCCAGAACUUCUCUUCAAGUUGGAGUGACGGUUUGGCCUUCUGUGCACUGGUCCACUCCUUCUUCCCCACUGAAUUCGACUACAACACACUGACCCCUACCGACUGCAAGCACAACUUUGAAGUGGCCUUCAGCACUGCUGAGGCCAAGGCAGGCUGUGACCGGCUCAUCGAGGUGGAGGACAUGAUGGUGAUGGGACGCAAGCCUGAUCCUAUGUGCGUUUUCACAUAUGUUCAGUCCCUCUACAACCACCUGCGUAGGUUCGAAUGAGGGCACCUAACGUCACUAAACCCCGCCCACUCCGGUUCGGAAAGAUCUCCACGGUACCACCCUGCCUUCCUGUACGAUUACCCUGAACCAUCCAGGAACGGACCGGGUGUCUCAUUACCUCGAGUUUGCCUAUGCUGCAGAAUUUUCCACAACGGGAAAAAUCACAAGCCGCACCGCUAAUGCUAAUCUUGCUGUGAUGCCCCACCGCCACUUUUUAUCUUCUGCACCCCUACGGCUCCCUGGCUGCCUGGCACAGGACGAGAUUUGGUAAGGUAGGCUGGGGCCCCAUGGGGCUCACAGACGGCUGAGUAACGAGCCGGAUGCUCGAGCCUCCCUGCUUCUCAGGGGUAGCGAGAACUUGUGUGAAAAGGAUCGGACUAUUACAGUCAUGUGAUUUCGGCCUGCUAUGGGUUUAACCAGACGCGGUUAAGCAGGAACGUGCAGAAUGAACCAUUUCCAUUGCUUUUACAGCCAUAGCGAUCAUGCCAUACAAGCAAAAAAUGCCUACUUGUAAACUAUAGCCACAGCCCUUAGGGAUGGUACAGGGGUCAGGGGUCAGGGGUAGAAGAAUGUGGGGGUGGUCACUGAUGUUUUUUUCUUUUUUUGGCUUUUGUUUAUUAUUAUAAUUAAGGUUAUUAAUAUGAUUGUUAUUUUUAUUCACGGGUGCAUUGUAGGUCUAUAGUACUCUAGUUUAAAUGAUGCCCAGUUGUGUCACUGAAGUGCUUGUGUUUUUCUCACCGUAGCCAGUAGGUGGCACCGUUUGUAAGACAGGGAAGAACCAUUUAGCUCCCAAACGGACUGUUUGUUUGCAGCCCUUUGUUAAAGUGUGUUUCUGUUUUUGUUUGAAUGCGUGCGUGCGUGCGUGCUUGUGUGUGUGUGUUCUAGUCUGAAAAGUGCCACACAGAAACACAAAGUAUCACUGCUUUUCAACAGGAUCUCUGUGAUGAAGAGAUUGCUGGUGCAGUACAAGAUAACCAAAAUAAAAACAUCCAUAUUGAUAUA